AUGCAGUAUGAGCGCUGUUUACGACACAUUGCGCUUCUAAAGCUGGCCAGUGGAAAUAAUCAAAGUUCGAACGUCUCCCCAGAUUCCCUUGAAGGAUGUGAAGAAAAGGAAAAGUCAUCAAAGAAAAAAGGUUUGAGAGGUUUAUUCAGACACGUUUCACAUUCCAAGCAUUCACAGCGUAACCAGGGUCAUGAGAAAGUUAGUCCUUCAACAAGUUCAGUAGGUGAGACUAGCUCACCGGAAAUACCAUGUCUGGCAAAUAAUCAACUUAAUCUUGGAGGGAAAUUAUUAAAAGGGGAUCAGAAAUCUACGGGUCAAAAACUAGUAUGGGAUUUAUUUGAAACAGAUGGUUCUACUCGAAGUAGCAGUCUUUCUGGUUAUGAAACACAAGUGCCCGUAGAAUAUCAUAUAGAAGUUUUCAAACUCGAGUGCAUUUCCAGGCAAAAUUCCAAUUCCAAUCUUUCAUCAUGUGCUGUUUCCUUAUCCUGCGGAACUCCUAUCAUGACAGUAACCAAUCCAACACCUGAAAUAUCACACCACAAAACCUUUCAUUCUUCACCAUCUCGUACACAUACACACUUAUCUGUGCAUUACAACUAUGAGGCAAAUGAUAUUCCACAAUCGUUUAUCAAUGUGAAUGGAGAUGAUGUGAAUAAGUCAACGGAGGAAUGUACACUUAUCAGUAAUCCUCAGACAUUAAUCUCACCGUUAUCAUCAUCAUCUUCCAUGUCUGAGGCUGCUGAUGGUGGGGGUUCUACUGCUGGUACUAGUACUGAUGGGGGCGGCGUCAGUACCACUUCCGAUGAUUCUGCUAGUCCAAUUGAUUCUGUACUAACAGCCUCUAAGAUACAACAAUUGCAACAUGAUAUAACACAACUUGAAGCGGCUAUAAAAACCAAUUUAAAUGAACAAAAAGAAUUAAAUGACAGGUUAUUUGAACAAUUAGCUGAAGUGCCAAAAUUUGAAUCGAACGCCUAUGAAUCUUCAUCAUCAUUAUUACCAUUUUGUGAGGAGUCCAAUUCAUCUGAAGGUGAAAUAAAACGUCAUUAUGCUGAAAAAUUAAAGUUACUCAAAAAACAAUUGAAAGCAUUAAAUGAACAACUACAGACAACACGUUAUGUAAUGAAUAAAUUAGAACUUUAUGGUAUACCAAUAGGUGUAUCACCAAAGGAAUAUGUUAAACAAUUUAUUAAUUCAAGGCGUAAAUCAUUUAUGAGUACUGCUUCAACUGCUUCACCAGUAUUAAAACCGAAGACAACCUUACCCAGCACAUCUAAUACUGGUAAUCUUCCAAAUGACAAUACUGCAGCAUCAGGAUUAAUAUCAUCCGACGAUGUAUGCCGUAGUCAUCAGUUGGCUAAAACUCUUCCAGCACGAACAUCUAAUCCAAACAUUGAUUCCUGUAAACUACCAACACGUCAAUCGAAUACCAUGCCGGCUAAAUGUAUUCAUGAGACUAAAGUAUUUAAUACAGAUACUAUAUUUAAUCUUGCACAAUCUUCUAUUGGUAGUCAAUCCUUGUAUACUUCAGAUGCAAAGCCUAUACAAUCUUCUCAAUCGUCAUCAAUGUCAACAACAUCAUAUACACCAUAUAAACCUGAAUUAAGUGGUCCAAUUAUGUCGACAUGUACUACUACUUCUGCUGCUGCUUCUUCUUCCAAUUCUACUAAAACACCAUUAACUUCUCAUCCUACAGCACCGCAUUUGUUUCCGCAUUUAUCACCAAAUGAACAUGUUGUUUAUGAUGAUUAUACAACGAAAAUACCUAGUACUCCUUCAAAUACUCGUAUGUUGAAUACAGUACGAACAGGUUUAGGGUCAUUCGGUCGUCAGCUGUUUCGAGUUGGUAAACCUCGAUCGCACAGUGAUGAGAAUAUCCCAGUGAAAAUUAACUCUAGUUCAAAUGAUGAUAAUAUCUAUCGUAAAAAGGGUUCUUCACGUCCUGUUGGCUAUUCAUUAUUUACGCCUUCAGAUAAAAAGAAGAACAAAAAAAUUGCCAAGAGUCGUUUAGCUGUAUCGAAUUUAUUAUACCCUCCUGAAUCAUCUAGUAUGCUUUUAUCCGAGAAUGUAAUCAGCAGUAAUUCACAACCAAUACGUACUGGUUCAUUAUCAUCAACAAAUGGAGUGAAUCCUAUGAGCGUCGGUGGUUAUGACGGUGUCGGUGGUCGUAGUAUGAUAAGUGGUUUAAGCGGCGUAGGAGUUGUUUGUGGUGGUGGUGGGGGUACCGCUUCGAAAGAUGAUACAAAUCCUGAUCCAUCUAGUAAUACUGGAGCAUUUUCUUCAUGGUCUGAAGGUGGGGAUAAUACAUUGAUGCGCAUUUUUGAAUGUCUUGGUGUAUCUAGUAAUCAGGUAUUUAGUAGUAGUAGUGGUCAAAAUCUUAUCUCUACUGGUAAUAGUAAUAACUUGCCCGGUGUUGGAUCCUCGGGUUCCUCUGCUCUAUCUGCAUCAGGAUUAGGUGUGUUGGACAAGUCAAAAGCUGGAUCAAAAAGUCAUAUCAUCACAUCGGAUACAUUUAGUCCCCCUCAUGGUGGAACAAGUAGUAGUGGUGGUGGUGGUAUGGCAGGAGUAGCAGGAGGUGUUGGUGGCGUUGGCAGCGGUGGAUAUGUUGGUUCAUGUCGCUCAGAUCUUACAUUAAGCAAUAUAUCAGCAAAUAAUUUAGCUCUUGCAUUUGCUUAUCUCUAUCGUCGUCAAGAAUGUCAAUUCAAUAUGUUAACUAAUCAACAAGCACAAAUAUUUCAAGAAAUUCGUGAUGAAUUAAGUGUUAUGCGAAGUGAAACACUUAAUAUUCAAUCUACACUGAGUAAUUUAACAACUGAAUUAGAAGCUAUUCGACGUGAUGCAACAACAAAAGCUGAACUACAAAAUCAAAAGUUAACUGAUGCUAGUUCACGUAUCGAAAGGCUAGAUGCUAUAGCUGAAGAGUCAAGACAAGCUCUGCCACAUGAGUUAGCAGCAUUACGUAAUGAGUUUCAUGAUUCAUUAUAUUCAGUUGAAUAUCAAGUCACUACAAAAAUACGUGAUCUCAGCGAUAAUAUUACAAGUAUUAACAAUAAAGUGAGUAUGAUUGAAAAGCCUCAUGAUCAAUCUAGUACACAUGGUGGAUCACAUGGAACUGAAUUGGAACGUGUUCGUCGUAAAGUUUUACACUAUCUAACAGAUUUAUGUGUCUCCUUUUUUGCACUUGUCACUAUGCUGCUACAAGUGCUUAUACGUUGUUUAAAUUUGGGUGCUGUACUAACAGAAAAUCGGAAACUUGCAGUCUGCUUUUCCAUGACUAUGUUGGCUAGCUGUUUACUUGUGUAUACAUCUGAUCCUAUUAUUGUAUGGCUCAGGGAAGAUAAUAUUACUGACAAUCCUGAUGAUACUACAAUUCAUCGAAGAUCUCAUUACUGGCGUAGUAUAUUAAUUGCCAUUUUAUCAUUUUUUCGAAGUUUUUCACGUGGAAUGUCUUAG